AUGGCGGGGGAUUGUGCUCACGUGAACCUAUUAGUACUGUUUCUCAACGCCAGAGCAGGUGCAGAGGUCCCAAGGGUACCGGCUCUUGUGACUGGUACUCUUAAUAUGGCAUUGGCAAGGAUUGCAAGGAAUGGCUUUAGACGGUCGGGAGGAACCAUUGGCAAUUACAGAAGUGAGAGGGAUGUACUUUGUGAGGGAUUAUACGCACAUAAGAGCCCCAUUCCUUCUGUCGAAAAUGUUACUGCUGGUCGCAACGUGUCAUACCUUUCAAGCAUCAAGAAGGGAGAUCAUGUGAGUUUCGGUAGCAGGGGAAUAAGGGUAACCCCACAUUACCAAUUUGCUCAAGCACAGAGGAUUGAGGAGGAGUCUGAUUCCGAGAGCGAAAACAAUGAAAACCAAAGGUAUCCUAGUUUGGAAGCCAACAAGCCAGGGGAAAAGCCUAGGGUGGUUGUCCUUGGCACCGGAUGGGCAGCAUGUCGGUUCCUUAAAGGACUAGACACCAAAAUAUAUGAUGUUGUUUGCAUAUCACCGAGAAACCACAUGGUUUUCACUCCUUUGCUUGCAUCAACUUGCGUUGGAACUCUGGAAUUCCGAUCAGUAGCUGAACCAGUCAGUCAUAUACAGUCUGCAUUGGCAAAGGAUCCCAAUUCCUACUUCUACCUGGCCUCCUGCACUGGAAUUAAUAUGGACAAACAUGAGGUGUACUGUGAGACUGUUAGUGAUGGUGGACUUCCUCGUGAACCUUAUCAAUUUAAAGUUGCAUAUGACAAGCUUGUAAUUGCUGCUGGAGCUGAGCCAUUAACCUUUGGUAUAAAAGGAGUGAAGGAACAUGCAUUUUUUCUUCGUGAGGUAAAUCAUGCCCAAGAAAUAAGGAAGAAGCUUCUCUUGAACCUGAUGCUCUCUGAAAAUCCUGGUAUGUCUGAAGAAGAAAAAGAGCGCAUGUUACACUGUGUUGUUAUUGGAGGUGGCCCUACUGGAGUAGAGUUUAGUGGUGAAUUGAGUGAUUUUGUCAUGAGAGAUGUUCGCGAGCGGUAUACUCAUGUGAAGAACUACUUUAGAGUCACCCUCAUUGAGGCAAAUGAAAUUUUAUCUUCAUUUGAUGUUGGACUACGGCAAUAUGCAGCAAAGCAUUUAAACAAGCACGGUGUUAGACUUGUGCGAGGUGUAGUGAAAGAGGUGCAGCCCAAAAAAAUUGUUCUCAGUGAUGGAAGUGAUGUUCCUUAUGGUCUCUUGGUCUGGUCCACUGGGGUUGGUCCAUCUGAGUUCACGAAAUCGCUAAAUCUUCCUGUGUCCCCAGGUGGAAGAAUUGGUGUUGAUGAAUGGUUGAGCGUCCCUUCUGUGGAAGAUGUAUUUGCACUUGGAGAUUGUGCUGGUUUUCUCGAACAGACCGGGAGGCCAGUGCUUCCAGCUCUAGCUCAGGUUGCAGAAAGGCAAGGGAAAUAUCUUGUGGAGUUGUUCAAUAAAGUUGGGAAGCAGAAUGGGGGCAAGGCUUUCAGUGCAAAGGACGUCCCUCUGGCAGACCCUUUCGUCUAUAAGCAUCUGGGAAGUAUGGCAUCUGUUGGGCGGUAUAAGGCACUGGUUGAUCUACGCCAGUCCAAGGACGCCAAAGGAAUCUCACUUGCGGGGUUCGUAAGCUGGUUGGUGUGGCGCUCUGCUUACCUGACGCGAGUUUUGAGCUGGAGGAACAGGUUUUAUGUGGCUGUGAACUGGGCAACCACACUAGUCUUCGGUAGGGAUAACACAAGGAUAGGGUGAGAGAGAGUAAUCAAGUAACAGGACGUCACUCUUUUGCACUAUUUUUGGACCUAUUUGGUUUACUGAAGGAUGGGAUUGGAUUAUGUAACCCCCUGUUGGAUUAUUAUCCCAUUUUAAGGUGGGAAUAUGCGG